UUCCCGGAAGUGCUUGCGGCCUCGGCCCCCCGCCUUGCCCAGCGGCCUGUUCGGUUUCCUAAUCAGUGGAGCGCUGCGGGAGAGAACUUUUACCUUGGCUGCACUAAGUUCUCAGUGCCACUCCCUAGCAGGGCGGGACCCAGUUUAGGCCCUGUGAUCUCCCUGUUGGUAGGAGCGCAAGGCGCCUAGGGACCCUGGACCUUGACCCGCUUGGGGAGGGAAAAAAGUUUGGCCCGCCGAGUCCCAAAAGGCAGAAUGGACGGGCUCCUAAAUCCCAGGGAAUCCGCUAAAUUCAUUGCAGAAAACAGUCGGGAUGUGUUUAUCGACAGCGGAGGCGUAUGGAGGGUGGCAGACUUGCUGCUGGCCAAGGCGGCGGGGCCAGAGCUGCGCGUGGAGGGGUGGAAAGCCCUUCAUGAGCUGAAUCCCAGGGCGGCCGACGAGGCCGCGGUCAACUGGGUGUUCUUGACAGAUACGCUCAACUUCUCCUUUUGGUCGGAGCAGGACGAGCACAAGUGUGUGGUGAGGUACAGAGGGAGAACGUACAGUGGGUACUGGUCCCUGUGCGCUGCGGUCAACAGAGCCCUCGACGAAGGGAUACCAAUAACUAGUGCCUCAUACUACGCGACAGUGACCCUGGAUCAGGUUCGAAAUAUACUUCGUUCUGACACAGACGUUUCCAUGCCUUUAAUAGAAGAGAGGCAUCGGAUUCUCAAUGAAACUGGGAAAAUUCUGCUGGAGAAGUUUGGUGGCUCUUUUCUUAACUGCGUCAGAGAAAGUGAAAAUAGUGCACAGAAGUUAAUGCACCUGGUCGUUGAAAGUUUUCCUUCUUACAGAGAUGUGACUCUGUUUGCGGGGAAAAGAGUUUCUUUUUACAAACGAGCCCAAAUCCUUGUAGCAGAUACAUGGAGUGUACUGGAAGGAAAAGGAGAUGGCUGCUUUAAGGACAUCUCCAGUAUCACCAUGUUUGCUGAUUAUAGAUUACCUCAGGUUCUUGCUCAUCUUGGAGCCCUGAAAUACUCUGCUGAACUACUGAAGAAGCUUCUCAAAGGAGAAAUGCUCUCGUAUGGAGACAGGCAAGAGGUGGAAAUCAGAGGGUGCUCGCUUUGGUGUGUUGAGCUGAUCCGGAAUUGUCUUCUGGAGCUUAUUGAACAAAAGGGUGAAAAACCUAAUGGAGAGAUCAACUCCAUUCUUCUGGAUUAUUACUUAUGGGACUAUGCUCGUGACCAUAGGGAAGAUAUGAAAGGAAUUCCAUUUCAUCGCACACGUUGCAUAUAUUAUUAACCUCAAGUGUAAACUGAUCCAAAGAAAACUCCUUGCAUUUUUCUUUUCUCUUUUUUUUUUUUGGUGCUGUGAUUCGGAUAACCCCCUGCAUUUUUAUAUCAUAUCAUCUGUACAGUUUUGCUUUGACAUUUAAAGAACAUGAUAGAGGUUA